AUGACAGAGCAUAUCGAGGAAGGGAUGCUGGCAGAGGGUCCCGAGGACCAGGCCAUUGCCCAAGAAGGAGACCACACCAUCCGAGGCCGUCUUGUCCUGACGGCGGCAUCCUCUGAGGAAAGCGUGGAGCACGGCGACGAAGUUCCCCUGGUCGACGUCAACCCUCUGGUUCGCUUCCCGUUGCUGCUGUUCAACCUCACGCUGUGCCUGGCCGGCAUCGGGUUGACCGCUGUGUCUGCGCUGUUGCUGGUGCAGUCCCUGCAGUGGCGCGAGGACCUCCAGGCCCUGCGACUCGGUGGUCUGGGCGGCCUGCUCAUGUCGCAUCUCGAGCUGGCGCUUCUCGGUGCCGGACUCGUCCUGAGCGCCGUCUCGUGCUGUGGCUGCGUCGGGGCUCUGCGCGAAAACACCUGCCUGCUGCGCGCCUACUCUGUCGCCCUGCUGUGCCUCAUCAUGACCGCCACGGUGCUUGGCACGCUCGUGCUUGUCAUGCCAGCCGGAGCCAAGAGGGCUGUACAGAGGACUCUGUCGGCUACACUGGUGGUGCACUACCGUGACUCCCCAGACGCCCAGCAGCUGGUGGACGCCGUGCAACGCCACCUGGGCUGCUGUGGCAUGACAAGCAAGAGCUUCAGGGACUGGAACGACAAUAUCUACUUCAACUGCAGCGCGGAGAACCCGAGCCACGAGCGCUGCUCGGUGCCCCACUCGUGCUGCAAGAACAACGCGAGCCUCCUCGCGAAGCCGUUGACGGCGGCCGGCUUCCACUGCGGCCGGGGCGUGCUCAACAUGAGCGACUACGAGGCGUCGUUCCACAUCAACUGGAACAACUGCGCCGACGCGGCGCUGCGAGCGCUGCGCACACACGCGCUCGCCGUGUGCGGGGGAUGCCUGGCGCUGUCGCUCGGCCUCGCCUUCCUCGACGCGCUGGCGCACACCACGCGCUCCGAGAUCGCGCUCAUACGAGAGUACUACGCGCGACGAGGGAUAACCGCCUAGCGCAUUGCCGGUUGACCUUGAAAUGUU